ACUGUCACUAUCGCUCUAAACGCUUGGACAUUUCCAAUCGCUUGCUCCUCCGGUCCUCCCUACCUCUCCCCUGUUCGACCAGCCUGGCCAGCCCAAUACCCUCCUCCUCUGGUCCGGAAUCUCCUCCUCUCCCUCGAGCCAAGACCAGAUUCACAGCCUCGAUUGCCAAAUAUCUCAGCAAUUGCACAGGAGAAGUGAAGACGCCAUGGGAGAGGGAGGUGAGUUAUGCUGCCUUGAUUAGCUUCUUCUCCACCGCUCUCUGCAAUCGAUAACCAAGAAAGUGGAGGAACCAGCCCGGAAUCGCUGAAAAGAUGCGGUCUUUGCGGCAAAAGCGCGGAGAUUUUGCCCUCCUCUGCUUCUUCUUCUUGCUCCUCCCGCUGCUGUCCCAUGGCGCCGACAUGCCUUUGGGAUCGACCCUUUCGCCGGGUAACUCGGCGUCGUGGUCUUCUCCCAACAACACCUUCUCGCUCUCCCUAACGGCGUCCCCAACCUCCCCGUCCCUCUUCGUCGCCGCCAUCACCUACGCCGGCGGCGUCCCCGUCUGGUCCGCCGGUGCAGGCACGACCGUUGACUCUGGGGGCUCGCUCCGCCUAUCGUCCAUCGGCGACCUCCAGCUCGUCAACGGAUCCGGCGCCGUCCUCUGGUCGUCCAACACUGGCGGCCAGGGCGUCACGGCGGCGGCCCUCCAGGAGAGCGGCAACCUCGUGCUCAAGAGCUCGACGACCACCCUGUGGCAGUCGUUCGACCACCCUACGGACACGGUGGUCAUGUCGCAGAACUUCACCUCCGGGAUGAACCUGACCUCCGGCCCCUAUGUCUUCGCCGUCGACAAGAACACCGGCAACCUCACGCUCAAGUGGACCAUCGGCACCACCGUGACGUACUUCAACAAGGGCUACAACACGUCGUUCACGGCGAACAAGACGCUGAGCUCCCCGACGCUGACGAUGCAGACCAACGGCAUCGUGUCGCUGACCGACGGCACGCUGAGCUCCCCUGUGGUCGUGGCGUACAGUAGCAACUACGGCGAGAGCGGCGACAUGAUGCGGUUCGUGCGGCUGGACUCGGACGGCAACUUCCGCGCCUACACCGCGUCGCGCGGCAGCAACGCGGCAACGGAGCAGUGGUCGGCGGUAGCGGACCAGUGCCAGGUGUUCGGCUACUGCGGCAACAUGGGCGUGUGCAGCUACAACGGCACGUCGCCGGUGUGCGGGUGCCCGUCGGAGAACUUCCAGCUCAACGACCCCUCCGACCCCCUCAAAGGCUGCAAGCGCAAGGUCGACCUCCAGAACUGCCCCGGUAACUCUACCAUGCUCCAGCUCGACAACACGCAGUUCCUCACCUACCCGCCGGAGAUCACCACCGAGCAGUUCUUCGUCGGCAUCACGGCCUGCCGCCUCAAUUGCCUCUCCGGCAGCUCCUGCGUGGCGUCCACCGCGCUCUCCGACGGCUCGGGCCUCUGCUUCCUCAAGGUCUCCAACUUCGUCAGCGCUUACCAAUCGGCGGCGCUGCCGAGCACGUCCUUCGUCAAGGUCUGCUUCCCCGGGAUACCCAACCCGCCCCUCGGCUCCACGGUCGCGUCCUCGCGCGGCGGCUCCGGCGUCCGCAGUUGGAUCGUCGCCGUCGUCGUGCUGGGCGCGGUGGCCGGGCUGGUCCUGUGCGAGUGGGCGCUGUGGUGGUUCUUCUGCCGGCACAGCCCCAAGUACGGGCCGGCGUCGGCGCAGUACGCACUGCUGGAGUACGCGUCGGGUGCGCCGGUGCAGUUCUCGUACCGCGAGAUGCAGCGGUCGACCAAGGGGUUCAAAGAGAAGCUGGGCGUCGGUGGGUUCGGCACCGUGUACCGCGGCGUGCUGGCGAACCGGACGGUGGUGGCGGUGAAGCAGCUGGAGGGGAUCGAGCAGGGGGAGAAGCAGUUCCGGAUGGAGGUGGCCACCAUCAGCAGCACGCACCACCUCAAUCUCGUCCGCCUCAUCGGCUUCUGCUCCGAGGGCCGCCACCGCCUGCUCGUCUACGAGUUCAUGAAGAACGGAUCGCUCGACGCCUUCCUAUUCGGGGACGCACCGGGGGGCAAGAUGCUGUGGCCCGCGCGCUUCGCCGUCGCCGUCGGCACCGCGCGUGGCAUCACCUACCUGCACGAGGAGUGCCGCGAUUGCAUCGUGCACUGCGAUAUCAAGCCCGAGAACAUCCUCCUCGACGAGCACUACAACGCCAAGGUCUCCGACUUCGGGCUCGCCAAGCUCGUCAACCCCAAGGACCACCGGCACCGCACGCUCUCUAGCGUACGCGGCACCAGGGGCUACCUGGCGCCGGAAUGGCUCGCCAACCUGCCCAUCACGGCCAAGUCCGACGUCUACAGCUACGGCAUGGUCCUGCUGGAGAUCGUCAGCGGCCACCGGAACUUUGACAUCUCGGAGGAGACCGGCCGGAAGAAGUUCUCCAUCUGGGCCUACGAGGAGUACGAGAAGGGCAAUGUUGCCGGCAUCAUUGACAAGAAGCUCCCCAGGGAAGACAUUGACAUGGUUCAGGUGGAGCGCGCGCUCCAGGUGAGCUUUUGGUGCAUCCAGGAGCAGCCGGCGCAGCGCCCUUCCAUGGGGAAAGUGGUACAGAUGCUGGAAGGUAUCAUGGACCUGGAGAGGCCGCCGCCACCAAAGUCGUCCGACAGUUUCUUGAGCGUGACCACGGGCAGUGGCAGUGGCAGUCGCAGUGGUGUCAGCACGAGCAUGGUCUCGACGAUUGCUUCAUCGGCACCGGUUGCGCCUACCACAUCGCCGAAUUUGGAGCAGGAAAUGGCAUUGAGCCGCUCGGCGUCGGCUAGGAACCGUGACCGAGUGGCGCGGUCGCUGCUGUCCCCGCAGCCGUACAUGACAAUGUAAAAUCAUCCAUGGAAGAUCCUCUCCUGAGGUGAAUAGCGCUGAAACAUGCAGAAUGCCAGCUCCUAUGCUCCAUUGAAAGGAAGAAAAUGGGCAGAUUAUGGAGCAGUUAGGGAAUUGAUAGGCUUGCUACAACAUCUCGUUGAUCUUGUUUCGGUCGUAACAAGGAGGCAUCCCCAGAGUACAACAAACGUGGUCUUAACUGCUAGUGAGAUUUUCCAUACUUUGUAGGUGCACGUAUGUCUGAUGAGCUUAAUACUGCAAUAUGUAACUGUAAGUAGCAAAAAGUAGAUCGAGCUCGAAAUUAUGCAUUGCAAUUUGUACAAAUAAUUGAAAUGAGGCAACAUAUUGUGGCAUAGACGGCAGUUUUGUUUCAAUAAAUUGAUUCUGGAUCAUGUCUGAACUCCAGAUUAGUA